ACCUUUAUGAUUAUCGACGGUUGUCCUCUCUGUUCAAGAAUCUUUCACUCUGUUUGGCUCGCACAAUGGAUGCUGUACCGGCCUAGCUUUCGCCGUAACCCAAGAUCUCUACACAUCUCUCAGCUGAUUCACGCUAGAAGAGAGUAGUUCCACUUCGUCUUCUUUUUGAAUGUCCAAAUACGAGCUUGGCAAUUGCAUUAAGAAGUCAGAAGUGUGAUUUUCUCCAUAAACUUUGCAAUUGAAAUGCCAAACAGCUGCUCUUCUUCUUCUUAAUUUUGUCUUUUCCUUGUGUUCAAAAUGUCUUUUCUAUUUUUUACUUUUCUUUCAAUUGUAAAUAUACAUAUUAACAGAAUUAGAUUAUUGGUUUGGUUGAUGAAGCUGGUGUGAUUAUGGAACAAAUGGAAAUAGGUCAUUUGAGAAGAGAAGACAAGACAAGACAAGAGAAGAGAGGAUUAAUCAUGUUUAAGCAAUGAACUUAUUAAAUUGUAGUUGUUAUUUGGAGAAGGUAGCUGCAAACCCCAGAUGAGUAGAGUAGAAGGGAUGUUAUUUGCAGCAGAAGGAGGUGGCUUUUUCUGUUCGUCAGCUUCUGGAUAUAGUAAAGGUUUGGCCAUACUUCUUUUAGGUCAAAUGUACGAAGAUCCCUUGAGAGAUCAUUCCAUCUUCAGGCAUUACAAUUUGACAGACCAGCAUCAUCAGAAGUCUCACCCUGAUCUUCAGCUGGCUUCUAGAAAGGACUGGCUUGUUCGCAAGUGUGCUUCCUUUGUCUGUUUCGGUGGUGGCCGUGCUGCUGCUGCUGCAGGACUUGAAAGAUCAUCAUCUCCAGUAAAAGUAGUUCCUCCUACACAGCAGCAAGGACACAUAGAUGAUGAUGAGUUAUUUAAUAGCAAGGAUGAUGAUGAUGAUGCUUCGAGAAUAAAGAUCUUAAAGAGUAGCUUGAAGAAACUAUCAACUACCAUUUCAUUCUCCAGCGAAAAACUGCAAGAUGAUAUUCAUAUCUCCCAUCAGACAGCAGAAUGUAAGAGGAAAGUGCAAUGGACCGAUACUUGUGGUGGAGAGCUGGCUGAGAUUCAAGAAUUUGAGCUCAGCGAGUCAGGUGGUUCAGAUGGCGAAUUUAACCAUGGGAAUGAACAGAGAUGCUUGUGCAGAUUAAUGUAGUAGAUAUUACUACCAACUCAUGUGUUCAUCUUCUUCUUCAAGAGUGAGAGAGAAAUCUAUGGUUUUAGUAAUUACUCUUUUUCUAUCUGCUAUUUUGCUAUAUGCUGAUUUAGGUGUUUUUUUCCUAAUUAAGCAAUGAUACAAGCAAGCCCCCCAUAACAGCGAUCUGUUUACUUAGUCUAUCUCAUAUGCAGUCAUUUUCAUUCA